AUGGAAAAUUAUAAUCAAACAUCAACUGAUUUUAUCUUAUUGGGGUUAUUUCCCCCUUCAAGAAUUGGCUUGUUUCUUUUUAUUAUCAUUAUUCUCAUUUUCCUAAUGGCUCUAUUUGGUAACGUCUCCAUGAUUCUUCUCAUCCUUCUGGACAUCCAUCUUCACAAACCCAUGUAUUUUUUACUUAGUCAGCUAUCCCUCAUGGACCUGACAUAUAUUUGCACUAUUGUCCCCAAAAUGGCCUCCAACUUUCUGUUUGGAAACAAAUUUAUCUCUUUCAUUGGUUGUGGGGUUCAGAGUUUCUUCUUCUUGACUAUAGCAGGUACAGAAGGAUUGCUCUUGGCCUCUAUGGCUUAUGAUCGUUAUGUGGCCAUUUGCUUUCCUCUUCACUACCCUAUUAGAAUCAGCAGAAAAGUGUGUGUGUCUAUGAUAAUGGGAUCUUGGAUAAUGGGCUCUAUCAACUCCUGUGCCCACACCACAUAUGCCCUCCAUAUCCCUUAUUGCCAGACCAGGGCCAUCAAUCAUUUCUUCUGUGAUGUCCCAGCCAUGUUGACUCUGGCCUGCAUGGACACCUGGAUCUAUGAAUACACAGUGUUUGUGAGCACCACUGUCUUCCUCUUGUUACCUUUCUUUGGUAUUGCAUGUUCCUAUGGUCAUGUUCUCCUUGCUGUCUAUCGCAUGAACUCAGCAGAAGGGAAGAAGAAGGCCUAUUCAACCUGCAGCACCCACCUCACUGUGGUUACUUUCUACUAUGCACCCUUUGUUUACACUUAUCUACGUCCCAGAUCCUUAAGAUCUCCAACAGAAGACAAGGCUUUGGCUGUCUUCUACACAAUCCUGACCCCAUUGCUCAACCCUAUUAUCUAUAGCUUGAGAAAUAAGGAGGUAAUGGGGGCCUUGAGAAGACUAAUGCAUAGAAUCUACUCUGUGCAACUGUAG